AUAUUAUGAAUCUUCUUUGCGGCGAUCGACUGACGCGUCUACUUUCAUCCGGAAACAACAUCUGUGUUACACCCUCACAGCCUCCCACAGCAUGGAUCCCACGAUGACGAAUCAGGAGGCGCAGAGCAAUGCCCAGCCGUCAGUUACUGCAGCCGCUGGAUCCGCCGCUGCAGCCACGGCCGGGGAGGCGACCCCCUUCAAGGACUAUGACAAUGAGUCCGUGACCGACCAGGCGGCUAUCGUCGAAUCCCCAGCAACGGCGACCGAGCCUCCAUACCCCUCAGACUCGUUGAAUUUUGGUCGCCAUCGCCGCGACAAUGUCUCCAAGGGUCAGAUGAAAAUUGGCUACCCAAAGGGGAACAAGAAGAACCUCAAGAAGUUCUACGCCCAGCAGAACGAACUCAUCGGCCAGUUUCUAGGCGCCGGAGACGAAGGGCAACAGCAGGCAGAGGAGGACUCUCGCAUGGCCCCGAAGAUCCUUAAUGCCUCCUUUACCAUUGACGUAUGCCUCUUCGUAAUCCAGCUCUAUGCUGCCGUCUCGACUGGGCCACAAUCGCUCUUCGCUACUGCUGCAGAUGCCUUUAUGGAUCUUGUGUCAUCUUUCGUUGAAUCCGCACGCACACUGGGUGGAGGACCGACCGAAUCGGGCGAACUCUAUCUGAUCCCCAUGAUCUUCGUGAGCAUCUCUAAUCGUCGUAAAGGGCAGCCUGAUGUUCUACUGCCUCACGUACCGCAGAUGCCCAUCAGGUCAUGUAUUCUUCAUCGACCACCGGAAAAAUAUCGCCGUCAAUAUAUUCGGACUGGUCACGUCCGUGGUCGGCGACAGAUUCAUCUGGUGUCUGGGUCCCAUUGGUGCCAUUGCCCAGCAUACCGUGCAGGACGGAAAUACUACGUCGAGGUCGACAUUAUCAUGGACCAGGAUAUCCCCUUGAGGAUCUCGCACGACGUGAACCAGUCCCUGCAGCGAAAGCUUGAAGGCUCGAGUGAUGUGGAAAGGCCCUUCAUCCACAUUGACUAUGACGACGACCACAAAAUCCACCAGGAGCAUUAGCCCUUGUACGAGGACAAGAAGCUUGGCCGAAGUCUGAAAGACACGCUGCUCUUCUGGAAGAGGGAGGCGACUGAUCUGGGGGGAGGGGUGAGCGCCAUCGCGCGGAUACUACCCCACCGGCAGCUGGUAAGUUCGUGAGAAUACGGAAGCGAGAACGGAGGAGAGGGGAAAUACUGGCAACAGUGGGCGGGAAAAAAAAAAACAAGGCCAAGGGAGUUCCCAUCGGAAGGGCGAGGAGCCAUCUGGCCACGAGGAUUAAAAAAAGGUAACAGUGCGAAUUCUUUUCACCGACGCGGCCCAGAAUACGGAAGGGUAGCAGUGGAUUUUCAUGUUGCGCGCGUUUCCGAUGUAAUAGUAUAUGUAGGUGCUUGCGAAUAGCCCUGGU